AAGCUUAAGCGGAACAGCCACAAGUGGCCGUUGAUGUGGGAAAGUUGAGGACGGAAGUGACAAUACAUGCUUCCGGUUGGCUCCGGAUCUUCUCUCUGAGUUUUGUCGGCCUGCGCUGAACCAUCUUGGGCGCUAACGUUAUGGAUGUGAAGAACUCUGGCAUGGUUACCCCCAAAAGAACUGUCUUAUCUGUCAGUGCAAGAAAAAUUAAGGAUAAUGCAGCAGACUGGCACAACUUAUUAUCAAAAUGGGAGACUCUCAACAACAUGGGGUUUUCUAUUGCAAACAAAAUAGGAAACAUCAAAAUCAGUGUGCUUACUGAAGACAAGCUAGAACUAGAAUGCAACAGCAUGGCUUCUGGCUUUCAUUUUCAAAAAGUAUAUCCAAAAUAUAAUGAGGAGCUUGAGAUGUUGUGCAAGGAACUCCAUGACACCUUGGAAAACUUGGCUAAAAUACAGAUGAAAAUGGAAAAGUUAACAUCAACCACUAAAGGAAUUUGCAACCUAGAAAAUUACCAUCGUGGAAAUGCAAAUGAUCAAACACCCCUUUUCCAUACAUGGCCCACAACCUACUUCUCUGCUGUCUUUGGUUGCUGCAGCCCAUCCUGCUUGCUCCUAGCUCUGUUCCUGCUCCUGUUCUGGCUUUGGCCCCAGCCCCGACAUCAUUCCUGCUGGUAGCUGCCACUGUAUCUUCAGAACUUACAAACUUGGAGCAUACUUCUCAGGGCAACUGGUAAUAACUGGGGUAUAUUUUCCUUAUGCAGCGAUUAGUCUCCUAACAUCCUCUCCACGUGGCUGGAGAACCAAACUGCUCCCUAGCAUUUUUCCUCAGGGGAAAGGGGAAGGGAAGAAGUUUUUAGUCUUCCAAACAGAAAGUAAAAAUUACAAGCAUGGCAUACUCUAUGAAAAAGCAGUACUUUGCCUAUUUCAAACAGCUUCUGCCACUCAUGAGUGCACUGAUCCUUUCACUUAUCUCGCCUGAGAUUUAGGGGAGAAAUUCAUCUCCCUACAACCCUUUGUCAUUUGGGCCUGCCCAGUCUCUAAGAUUUAUCCAAUUUGGGAUUCUUCAAACCCAUGUUCUCCCUCAGUAUGAGAGAUCCCAGGGAAGGAACUUAAGAGACUGGAAGUGAAAAUUUUAAGCCUUUUCACACUCCAUUGUUUUAUGGAAGUUUCUGUAUUUUAUUGUAUUUUUCUGAUUGCUUUAAGAUUUAAUUUUGUUAUUUUAAGUUGAUAUAUUAAUGUAUUCAGUACCAUUCUGUUCCACUGAAUCAGUUUAAUCUACUGUGUUUUAACUAUUAGAUAUAUUCUGUUACUUUUCCCCUAUAAUUACUGAACAAAAUAUUGUAAAAGCCUAUUUAAAAAAACAGCUUUUUUCUUCCAUUUUGGCUUUGUAAAUUGUCACAUAGAUAAUAGAUGGACUUCAUCAAAAUUGGUUACAAUUUUAUAACAACCUUUGGAAAAUUUAAUGAGCUAAAUAUCUCAAAUUUAUUUUAAAGGAUCUUAAAACAUAAAUUUUAAGAUUUUUAUUUAACAACUCUGACUGUCAUUUUGUCUGCCUCUGAAUUAUUUGUAACAAGAGGUAAAGGAUCCAUUUUAGUACCUGAAGUGAAGUACAAUUAUAAUCCCCACCUCCCGCCAUUUGGAAAAAUGUGAAUGGAUGGUACAUAACAGUCUCAUACCAAAGGAUCUGGGAAGUUGAUCCCAGGGCAUGGUACUCCUGAAUGGCUCCCAAGAGGGAGCAUCUCUCAUUUGUAACUCUUCAGUUUAAAUUAUUUCCACCAGAACAAUCUAGAUUUCUUAGUAAUAGUCUAGAUCCAAAUAAGUUUUACUUUUGUUUAAAAAUAUCUCAACCAAGGUUGAAAGAUUUACUACACCUGAAAAACCUGUGACAAGUAUCCAUUAGCUUUUAAUGUCAUACAGCAGACUCCUGUAAAAUAUGAGUAGGUUUGUUUGCUAUUGUCAUUAAGUGGGCUAUUAUAACUUUGAGGAUUUUGAUACUUCUUGAAUGUGCAUUACCUGUUGUACUAUUGUUCCUUAUAAAAACUGUUAGUUUAUAAACAGUGGAUCAUGGCCAAGUUUGAAAAGGAAAUGGAUCUCAUUUGGAGGUGAGAAACCUUCUAUUCUACCUUUCCCUAGCUGACAAAGUGUGUCAAUGAUUGUAGGCUAUAUAUUUUUGAUUUUUAAAACUUUUUUAUUAUUGUUUUGAUUGCAUGUGCAAUAUACUAUUUCAGUUUUAUUUUUUUCCCUCCUUUUUGUAUUUGAAGCACAUGGCAACAGUAUUAAGAUUUUUUCUUUAACUUUAUGGUCAAAGAGGCCAAACCAAUACGAUGUGGAUUGAUGACAUUCUGUGCAAAGAGCGCAAGGACUUAAUCAUGUGUGAGACUUGAGGCUGUUUAACGUGUGUUAAAUGCAGGUCUUCCUUGUACCACACACUCUAUAUAAAAUAUAUGACAUCGAUUAUUCUGGCUCCAUCCUGGCUCCCAUUUGCUCCUAUGAUCUAGUCCUUUUAUUCUCUCUUAUAAUACAAAAACUUCCUAUAGUCUUGGCUGCAAAUAGGUAAGUGAAAUAUUACUGCAUUUUUUCCUACAGAUUUAUGGGAUAGAAAUUACUUUAAUUGGGCCCUGAUUCAAGGGCUUGUUAUAAAUUUAUUCUUCUCUUAUUUUGAAUUUUUACACUUAAGACUUUGAAUAGUCUAUAUUUCAUCCUGAAGUUAUCUUUUUCUCUCUUUUUUUAUGUUUUUGAUUUCUCUUGCCAAUUGAGUCAUAUACCUCAUAACUCAGCCAUGCAUCCCUAAGUAAUCCCUGUGUUUUUCAAUCACCCUCUUCAGGGGGAAAUGUAUUAUUAUUCUAAAAUUCAAAGUUUAAAUUCUUUUUGAGAAUAAUUUUAGUAGCAUGCUACCUGUCCGAAUGCAGAAAGUGAACCAUGAAGAUGCCUACACAGAAAACAUGCUGUACCAGAAGAUCCAGAGUGAACUUUGGGAUGUGGUGAUUUGGUUUUGUAUAUAUAUUCUUAUGCCGAAGGGGACAGCCCCCCUAACUGGCUUUUUGUCAAUGCGCCUAACAAUCAUUGGUUUUGUACUCUUUUCCUUUUAUCCCAAAUUAUUGUUAUUUUAAGGUUGAUUAUGUUUACAAGAUCCAUUGGAGAGACUAGUCUUCCAUGGAUCUCGGGGAGAAUGUAUAAUUGAAAAUCUUACCCUAAAAAAGAACAUUUCCUGGGAACCCACUGACUUCCUGUCAUUACGUACCUCCUGUAGACAGAGUAUAUUUUAGCGAGUGAGUGGUCAUCUUGGGCCUCUUUCUUGGACUUGCAGCCAGCAUGGUGGCAGUGGUAAACUAAGCUCUAGGAUUUUAAAUGGGCUAAUCAGCCAUGAGCACAUGGUCUUUAUUUUGUAACCUUUUUAUUCCUUGAUUUCUAAUGAUCAUUAAUAAAUCUCCUAAAAUA